AUGUCGCUGUUGCCGCUGUCCGCACUGCCGACGUCGCUGCACGUGACCCUCUCGCUGGUGGCGGCCGCGGCUGCCGAAUUCCGCCGCGGCUCCGCUCGCUCUCUCUUGCCCUUCUACGCAUCGCAAGUCUGCGACGCGUUUGAGGAGGCCUUAUCCGGCUCGUCGCCCAUCACCAUGCUCCCGAACUACGAGAUCUCGCCGCGCGGCGACGAAAGCGGCGACUUCCUCGUGGUCGAUUUGGGCGGGUCCACGCUCCGCGUGGCGGUCAUCAGCAUCGCCCCCGAAAGCGGGCCGCGGCAUCUCCGGAAGAGCCGGCACUCGAGGCAGCAGCGCAUUUCGCUCGUGGUUUCCCGCAGCUGGCCCGUGGAAAACGGCCACAAGCUCGUCAACCGGGCGUUCUUCUCGUGGAUCGCGGCCAAGAUUGCCGAGACGCUUGCGGCGCAGACAGCCGUGCGGACCGACGUGCCCAUCACCACCGGCAUCACGUGGUCGUUCCCCCUCCGCUCCACGCUGUACAACACGGCCACCAUUCUCCACUUGGCCAAGGGCUUCCUGGCGGCAGACGACAUUGUCGGCUGCGAGUUGAAGGCCUUGCUCGAGGCCACGGUAAGCGCCAACCACGCCAUUUGCUUGGACGUGCAGCUGAUCACCAACGACUCGCUUGCGGUGUUUUCGGCCGCGCGCUUUCUCGACCAGUCCACACGCUUGGCCUUGGUGCUCGGCACGGGCUUCAACUUGUGCUGCCAGCUCCGGGCGCUGGCACGAAUCGCGCCCUCCAAGCUCUUGAGUGACGAGCACCACGUCUUGUUCAACACGGAAACGUCUCUUUUCGGCAACUCCUUGGUGCCUGCGCUCGCCACCAAGUACGACUGCUACAUCGACCCGCGCUUCGCGGACAGCCUGCUGUUCGCGCCGCACAUGGCCGUGGACCCGGCGACAAACGCCAUUUUCCAGCCUUUCGAGCUCUUGACGUCCGGCCGCUACUUGCCGGAAUUGGUCCGCUUGGUGUUGCUGGACGCCGUGGCGCAGAACGAGAUUUUCGCCGCGCAGAAAAACUUUGCCGUGCUCGCCACGCCGUACCAGGGCGUGACGGGCGAGCUCAUGUGCCUCGUUGCCGAGGGCACCGACGACAGCUUCUUGGCUGAGCGCAUCGAGGCCUGCUUUCGCUGGCCGCGCCUGCUGGUGACGUUGGCGGACGUGGCGGACUUCAAGCUUGUAGUCCAGAGCAUCGUGCACCGCGCAGCGUAUGUCGUGGCGGUGGCCAUCGUGGCUUAUGUCGAGCUCCUAGCACGCCACAACGGGCCGUUUGACACCGACGUGAUUUCCAUCGGCUACGUCGGCUCGGUCAUGGAGUAUUUCGGCUCGCUCCGCACGGCCGUGUUGGACUUCGUCAACGGCUGCCCGCUGGUGGCAAGUCAUGGGGUGCAGGUCAAGCUAGAGUUUGUGCAUGAAAGCUCGCUUGUGGGGACUGCCAUUGCCGCAGCCAGCCAGUGUGCCCGCCUAAAAUAG